AUGAGACCUGAUAUUGUGUUGAAAAUAAAAGAAGAAGUCAAAAGGCAAUUCGACGCCGGAUUCUUACAAGAGGUCAAUUAUUCGGAUUGGGUAGCAAACAUCGUCCCUGUUCCUAAAAAAGAUGGAAAGCUCAAGCUUAACCCGGCAAAAUGCACAUUUGGAGCCAGAUCAGGGAAGUUAUUAGGCUUCAUAGUUAGCAAAAAAGGGAUUGAGGUUGACCCAGACAAAGUAAAAGCAAUACGAGAUUUACCUCCCCCGCGCACGCAGAAGGAAGUUCGAGGUUUCCUGGGGAGAUUGAAUUACAUUGCUCGAUUCAUCUCACAACUGACGGAGAAAUGUGAUCCGGUAUUCCGUCUCUUAAAGAAGCAUAAUCCGGGUGAAUGGGAUGAAGAAUGCCAGAGAGCUUUCGAUAAGAUAAAGCAGUACUUGGUUAAUACUCCAGUCUUAUCGCCACCAAGUCCAGAUAGGUCAUUGAUAUUAUAUCUAACAGUGUUGGAGAAUUCCAUGGGAUGCGUAUUAGGCCAACAUGAUGAGACGGGAAAGAAUGAAAAUGCAAUAUACUAUCUCAGCAAGAAAUUUACUGAUUGCGAAAUGAGAUACUCAUCAAUUGAGAAGUUGUGUUGCGCUUUAAUCUGGGCAACCCGAAGACUAAGGCAAUGGCAGAUCCUGCUCUCGGAAUUUGACAUAGUAUAUGUAAGUCAGAAGGCCAUAAAGGGAAGUUCGAUAGCUGACUUCUUAGCUAGUAGAGCCUUGGAAGACUAUGAGUUUUUGAACUUCGAUUUUCCAAAUGAGGACUUGAAGUAUGUGGCGAAUACUGAAGAGAAGCCUCGAAUGGGUAGCGUAUGGAGGUUAAAUUUUGAUGGAGCUUCGAAUGCUACGGAAUAUGAAGCAUGUAUUAUGGGCAUUCGUGCAGCCAUUGAACGAAACAUCAAAGUGCUAAGAGUAUAUGGGGAUUCUGCAUUGGUGAUAUACCAACUAAAAGGGGAAUGGGAAACUAGAGACCCUAAGCUAAUUGAUUAUAGAAAACUAGUUCUCGAAUUGGCUGGUGAGUUUGAUGAUAUCACCUUUUGUUAUCUCCCGCGAGAGGAAAACCAGAUGGCUGACGCAUUAGCUACUCUAGCUUCGAUGAUUCAGGUGAAUAGACUCGAGGUAAUGAGGCCUAUUCAGAUGAGUAUCUAUGAGACCCCAGCUCAUUGCUGCAAUAUUGAAGAGGAGGGAAAAGAUGAUUGUCCUUGGUAUCAGAAUAUCCUACAGUACGUGAAGGAUCGGGAGUACCCCAAUCAAGCGACAGAGAAUGACAAAAGAACUCUGAGAAGAAUGGCCAUCGAAUAUGUCCUAGAUGGGGAAGUGUUAUACAAAAGAAGGAAGGAUCAAGUAUUGUUAAGAUGUGUGGAUGCCGUGGAAGCUAAGAAAAUAUUGGAGGAAGUACAUGAGGGUAUUUGUGGGACGCACGCCAAUGGUUUUAUGAUGGCCAGACAAAUCAUGAGAUUUGGAACUUCUACCGGAGCAACACCUUUUUCUCUGGUAUAUGGAAUGGAGGCGGUAUUACCCAUUGAAGUUGAAAUCCCCUCUCUACGGGUACUAUCUGAAUUACAGUUGGACGAAGCCGAUUGGAUCCAAUCUCGGUACGAUCAGUUAAACCUAAUAGAAGAAAAGAGCCUUAGAGCUAUUCGUCAUGGGCAAAUGUACCAGAAACGAAUGAUGCGAGCCUAUAAUAAAAAGGUCCGCCCCAGAGAGUUUCGUGAAGGAGACUUGGUGCUAAAAAAGAUUCUCCCCAUGCAAAAGGAUUCGAGAGGAAAAUGGAUGCCAAAUUGGGAAGGUCCCUAUAUUGUAAAGAAGGCAUUUUCCGGUGGGACUUUAAUCCUAUGUGAGAUGGAUGGCAAAAGUUUGCCAAACCCUGUAAACGCAGACUCCAUCAAGAAAUAUUUCACUUAA